CCGGGAGAACGGGAGAGAACGUGCGUGCCGGCUCGCGGAAAGAGGGUAAAUUUCUCACACCCUCGGCAGACUCCUACCCUCGUGACUCCCCCUCCCCCCGGUCGCUCGUUCCCGCCAAAAGAAGAACCUGCGGCAAGAUCGUGACAAACGCCGACUGUGUCAAUACCCUCCACUUUUCUCUUUUCCUUCCGUCUCUUCGUUUCUCCGUGAAAUCUGGACGAGGCGCUCGGGAAUGAGACGACAGCCAAUUAAUGCGUCGGGAUUUAAGACCAGGUGGAAGAUCAAGGAGUAACACUCGUGCGGACAACGUGAUCCUCGAGAUUGUGUAUACCUUUUGGCAUCUCUAGACGAUUCGUCACAUCUUUCCGAAAGAAGCAACGCGCGUAUCAGGAAAAAAAUCGCCAUCAGUUUAACGAGACGUAUAUAUCGAUGAUCGAGAAACGCGAUAUCAAGUACAGGGCGACAUCCUUAAGAACGACAGCUGAUGGAAAGGAUGACACAUCCCUUGCGCGGAGGGACGACAGAUCGAGGAAGAGCGUUUCGCACGUCGCCGAGUCGCCGUCGGCGGGCCAAUUAGACAUAAAAGUGGUCGGUUGAGAGUAAAAGCAAGCCCCGGGAGAAAGAAAGUCGCUGCGCCGAGGUCGGGAAAAUCACGAGGGCGAGAAGAAAGCGGAAGAAAAUCGUGAGAAAUGUCCGCCGGUUCAGCGGUAGCGAUGAUCGGAGCUAAUCUGAGAUUCGGCAUCGGGGCUUCCGGGAAUGUCACGUCCAACGCCACCAAGGUGUUCCAGUGUCACCCCGGUGGUGUGACUGAGGCCACCGUCAUAUUUAGCCUCGGUGCACUGGGGAUGGGGGCGAAUAUCAUCCUCAUGACGUUGAUACUGGCGAAGCGACAGCUGCGCAGGUGGUCCCAGGGAUUGUUAUUCCACCAAGCCAUGGUGGAUUGCGCGAGAGCCGCUAUAUUGUUGCCCCUAGGCUCCAGUAUAUUGAAUUGUCAGCCCGUUAACAAGUGCUCUCUGGUAGAGACCGCCUUUCUGCUACUGGUGACCGUCUCCACGGUAAACAUGCUAACGACUGUGCUAAACGACAGCCCGGUAUUCCCAGAGAGCGACGAGGAGGCAGAUCUGACUGCUCCCUUGCUGAUGGACUCACCCCAGUGCGUGCUCUUCGGCACCUUCAUGAUUUGGUUCGCCAGCAUAACUAUCAAUUUGGGACCUACGUUUCUUAGCGGGGCUUUAGCGGCGAACACGGAGAGCGGUCACAACACGCCUAGCUGCCCAUUAAUACACGGUCCUUUUCGUCACUAUAUACUCAAUGCCCUUUGGAUUGUCAUCAACAUUAUUUGCGUAGCGCUCACGCUCUUUCACUUGAGAAAGUUGCACAGAGAUCUGACAAAAGCAAACGUCGAAGCGGUACGAGUAGCUGGCCUCGUUACAACGCUCGUUAAUGUGACGGGAGGGCAUCAAGGUGCAACGAAUGCGCUUGCAACCGAAGACGGUGACACGAGAAACGGUACGACGCCAAAAAGAACGGGUGCCAUCGAGGAACACCGGAAAAUGAGGAAUUACCUCAGGAGAAUGGAACGCGAGGGUGUGCAGAGGGUGAAAAUGUUCCUGGUUAUAACAGCGGCGUAUGUCUUGUUCUGGGGACCAUUGUUUUUCGUUACCCUGGUGCAUCAUCCCGUUAUAGGAAACCCUACUGGUUACGAGGUGACCCUACACAUCGCGUACGUGCACGCCUUCGUAAACCCGGCCUUGUUCCUCGCCCUGCACCGGGGGCUGCGGCAGGGUAUGACGGACGUGUGCUGCGGCUGCUGCGAAAGUAUAGCCCGGUGGAUCCUCGGACCCGCCGCGGCCGGUCCGAUGCAGAACGUUCAGCUACCCCGAUACGAACCGCCGAUGAAUCUCCCCUCGCCGCCGGAUCCACCCCUGGCGGCGCCGACCGUGCCGUCGGGAUGCAAUCUUACUGAUGUGGCGCUCUUAAAACCACCCCUGCCGCCAACUGCCAAACACUUACUGGUGGACGAUUCCAUCGUGAUACCACCCGAUCCUUGGAGUCUGACCUCAAGACCAAAGAGCACUUCUAGCCUGUACGGGGAGGAACUAUCCAGGAGACCGAGCCUCCUGCUACCACCACCGGCGGAACUGAACGAUCUGCAGAUGAGUCCGACGAGUAGCGACUUCCCCAGCGAAUAAACGACCUUAACCAAUCAUCGAACCAAAAAACACAACGUUAAUCGAUUACAAUGUAAAAAUAAUUGCAAAAACGAUAAAAACAGACUUUCAGGAAAAAUCCUU